GCCCGACCGAUUUCCGAACUAUCUUUUCAGUCACUAUACCGGAUCGAGAGGGGUGCGUCUUGGUUUAAAGAAGUGCUUGACCGCACAUUCGAUCUUUUCCUCACUUUUGCGAAUCGACGCCUUCACUGCCUGAACGAGGAUUAACUCUACUCUACAACUUGGAUCCAUAUCAAAUCAACCAAACUACAAACCAUGGCACCCGUCCAGACGCAGACCAUCACACCCCACCAAUUCUCCAACCCCCUCACCGUCAUAAGAGUAUCUGGACGCGUCUCCAAACCCCCGGCCAGGUCCACACGCACAAGCAAACCGCUUCUCUCGCACUCGCCGCAAAUCCCCACUGCACACCCGGACAUCAACCUCACCCUGCUCCGGAACAAGCUGCUCCUUACAUGCCGCCAAUACCUGCCGUCAGACCUGCUCCACGAAGCCCUCGCAGACGGCAUCUACUCGCGCGCCGAACGCUGGAUCACGCCGCGCAGCCAAUCGGCGUCCAAAUACGGCAAAAAGAAACGCUACUACGUGCUGCACACAUCUACGUUUACCUUUCAGUCCAGCGGCAGCGCGUGGGAAGCCCGGAUCCUUAGCGGCGGCAGCCAGCCCAUUGACGCCGGGAACGGCGUCGUCGUUUUUGUCAAGGAGCGGAGCGAGUGGGAUGCGUUUUUGAGGGGGUAUAGGAGGCAGGGCAAGCGCGCGGGGCAGCUCAUGAGGCUCAAGCAAAAAGAUACGGAGCGCGUGUGGCGGGAUGCGUGGAAGAGGAAGUGUGGCAUGGAUGAGGUGGCGGCUGCUGGGAAGAAGGAGGUUAAUGCGGGGCCCAUGUGGGUGCUGGUCAAGAGUGCGAUUGCGAGGAUUGUGAGGGGCGAGGCGUGAAAGGGCUCGUUCCCUGCAGGGAGUUUCCUUCUCAUUUUCAUUUUUGAGCCCCGGAGUUGACUUGCUUUGCUGUUUGCUUUGCUUUCAGUGGGGAGGGGGCUCGCAUGCAUGGGGCUGGGACUGGGCCUUUUUCUAGGCACGAGGCGUUUUUGGAACCCUUUAGCGAGAGCAUUAUUCGGCAGAUUCGGAUUUCACGAUUUUUCACGACAGCAAUUUCGAGCGGUAAGCGCGCAGCCCGCUUACCACGCCGACAGACUUGGAAGAGGAGGAGGAUACAUAUACAUAGCAGCAGUAGAUUUACUUCACACACACGUAUAUCACAAAAUAUCCUGCAGGGAACCAAUAAAAAGCAUUACAUUAUUA